GCGCUGGAGCUGCCGUCCUUCGUCCUGCCCGCCCUGCUGCUGGCGCUGCGCGGCCCGCCCCGCCUCGAGCCGCUGGGCUGCCGCCUGCUCUGCGCCACCUUCGGCGGCCACUACUUCUACAGGACAUUCAUUUAUCCCUUCCUCACCAGAGGCAGACCUUUCCCACUGCACAUACUGUACUUUGGCAUGUUAUUCUGUCUCUACAACGGCUUCCUUCAAGGGUACUACCUGAUUUAUUGUGCUGAAUAUCCCACUGACUGGUGCUUUAACAUCAGGUUUACCUCAGGUAUCCUGUUGUUUUCAUUGGGAAUGGGAAUCAAUAUUCACAGUGAUCUACUGCUGCGCCAGCUAAGGAAGCCUGGAGAGACCACUUACAAAAUACCACAGGGGGGACUGUUCACGUAUGUUUCUGGAGCUAAUUACUUUGGGGAGAUAAUGGAGUGGUUUGGCUAUGCCAUAGCAACCUGGUCCUUACCAGCCUUUGCAUUUGCGUUUUUUACACUCUGCUUCAUCGGGCCGCGUGCUAUUCACCAUCACAGGUUCUAUCUCAGGACAUUUACGGACUAUCCAAAAUCCAGAAAAGCCCUGAUUCCUUUUAUUUUUUAAAGGCUGAAAAUUCUGACUUCAAUUUUUAAGGAUUUUUUUUUAUCCUGCCUAAUUUUAAAACAACUGUUAACUGCAAAUAGCUUGGCUAAAUUGAAAAUGUAGACUUUAAGGACAAAUAAUGUAAUUCAGAACUACAGUUUCUGUUUUUAAUUGCAGUAGGUAUUGCAGAUCAUUGGAGACCCUAAGGAAGCUGGAGCCCUGCUAGGCAAUGGGCCUGAUCAUCAGUGGAGUUUUACUCCUGUAAAACUAAUGCAACUCAGUUGACAUCAGCAGAGUUGCACUGAAAUAAAACUGAUGUAAGACUGGGAAAGCAUUGGGUAUAAAAUCUGUGUCACUUCUGUAAAUAAUACCAUUCUUCCUACCUGACAAGUACUCUUUCACUAGCACAACUCAUUCUAUUGCAGUUUUUUAAAGCAGAUGCAGCUACCUCACAAUUUUUUUUUCUGAAACCAGAUGCUCUUCAGAUAUAUAGAAAUUAUUCACUGAAGCACCCUCCAACAUUGUUUUUACAGAGACUUGGGAUGCUUAUGCAAGAAAAAAUAAGUAUAAAAUAAGACCUCUUCCAGUUGUAGAAAUGCUGAUAGUGAAACUUCAUUUUGCUUUGGGAGAAUAUUAUCAGAUACUCUCCAUUUUCUGACAUGACACGGGAUUGCUGACUUUUCCCAGAGGCACAUAAUGCCUCGCUUCCUAAUUGUAAAGAGUUAGGAUUCAUUUUUUCCAAUAGUUUCACCAAUUUCAGUAGGAACACAAUUCCCAAAAGAUGCUGAUGGUGUCAGUUACUCAUUAGAGCAUGGAAUCCUGCUAAUAAUUAUGCUUAGUAGACAGUAAAGAAAAGAUUCAGACUCCGAAUAUUAAAUAUAUUACAAGACUCUGAAAUAUUAAAUAAUUACAGGCCUUUGAUUAUAUGUA